AGAAAAAGAAAAUCCUUCCGAAAAUUUUAAGCACUCUGCAGAGAGGAAGGAAAGAAACCCUAAAAGCAUAGUUUGGCGCCAGAUUUGAAAAAGAACGCAGGAAUCAAGAAAUUCCCACCCCCUGUUUUGGUUUUCCCAAAUCCCACAAUAAAAUUACCAUCCUCCAAUUUCAAAAAGGAAACCCUCUUUGAUAUUUAAAAAAAAAAAGUUACUUUUCAACUUUGACCUAAUAAAAGCGUCUGUUGUACUUUCUACUUCCAUUCAUGUCACUCUACAGCUCUCUGGUUUUUAUUUUUUAUUUUCUUGCUUAAUACUGUCUCUAGUCAAUUCUUGGACUUUUGGCUCGGCAAUCCAAUGAAAAAUUAUGGGUCCCAGGGGAAGCAUGAAGAGCAAGAUCAUCAAAGUGAACCUGGCGCAGAAAACGGCGAGAAAAUGAAAGUGGAAUUGGAAAAGCACGAAGAUCCUGAGAGUGAAAUUGGAAAAAGAAACGAUGAUAAACUGAAAGUGAAGUUGGAAAAACAGGAAGAACUUGAAAGUGAGAAACCCAAAGGGAUUGCAAUGGAAACCAGUGGUUCUGGUGAUGGAAUUAGUAAAAUUAGUGAAAGCAAGUGCGAAGAAGGUAUAAAAAUUCACGAGAAAGGGAAAGAACAUAGUGAGAAUCAUGAUUCUGAGAAGAACGGAGGCAGAGUUGUCAAGAAACGCGGUAGGAAACCGAAGAAACGGUUGGAUGAUACUAUGCAGUGUGCCAUAGGUGAACAGAGCGGUAUUAAGGUCGAAAAGAGUGAAGAGGAGACCCAAGAAAAUGGUAUGAAUACGCAUGAGAACCAUAAGAUUAUGCUUGAUAAUGCAAAGAAUAUUUGUGCAGAGAGUGAAAAGAAAGGAAGCAAAACUGGUGGUGGCAAAGAGCAUAAACAAAAUGGUUUUGUGACUGAGAAAGUUGCAGAAGAUGAUAAUGCUGCAAAAGUAAAGAAUCAAGAGGGAAAUCAAGAAGAUGAAAUAUUAGAGAGCGAAAUAGAAGGUGGAUUAGAUGUAAAAACUGAAGAAGUUUGCAUGAAGCAAGAUGAGGGACAAGAGAAUGGUGUGUAUUUGGAAGUAAAUGGAGUCGCUUACAGGAAGAGACUGAGAGCUAAAGAAAAGAAGGUGAGCUAUGCUGAGAACAGUGACCAAGAUGAAGAGGUCUCAACAAGGAAGAAACGUGGUAGAAAACGUAGAUGUAAAGCAUCAGUAACGGAAAGAGAUGGUUUGGGAAAUGGGGAAGUUAAUGAAAAUGGUGAUUUAAGUGAGGGAAAUGCAAAGGAAGUGAGUGAAAGAGGGGGAAAAAAGCACAAUAAGGAGGAGAAGAGUGAUGCGGGGAAAGGUUAUUCAUUGAGAACUCCAAAGCCCUUGCAGAUGGAUGCAAAUGAGGUUAAAAUUACCAAGCAUUGCAAGGAGUUUAUAGCAGAGGUUUGCUUGAUGUGCCAUCAAUGCCAGAGGAAUGAUAAAGGUAGGGUUGUUCGUUGCCAAGAUUGUAAGAGGAAGCGUUACUGCAUUCCAUGCUUGAAUAAUUGGUAUCCUAAGAUGACAGAGGAAGAAGUUGCCGGUGCUUGUCCAGUUUGUCGUGGAAAUUGCAAUUGUAAGGCUUGCUUGCGUGAUACUCCAAGUAAACAACUUGUUCAAUUAAGAAAGCUGGAAAUAAGCAAUGAUAAGAUACUAAUGCACUGUAAGUAUUUGCUCCAAGCACUUCUUCCCUUCCUGAGGCAGUUAGAUGAAGAACAAUUGAUGGAGAAAAAGGUUGAAGCUAGGGCACAAGGUUUAUCGUCUAUAGAUCUAGAGAUACAAAAUGCUAAUUGUCCUCCAAAUGAACGCAUGUUCUGCGACAACUGCAGAACCUCUAUCUUUGAUUAUCACAGAAGCUGUUCAAACUGCUUCUCGGAUCUCUGUCUUAUCUGUUGCCAAGAGAUCCGCGGUGGACACCUACAGGGUGGUGGCCAGGAGGUGGUUAUGGAGUAUACUAAUAGAGGGUUUGAAUAUUUGCAUGGCGCGGAGGGGACAGUUAUAUCACCAGAUGAGGUGCCUCUGGAAAAUAUAUCUGAGGAUCUGCUGGGGUCAAAGUUGGGUUGGAAAGCAAAUGAGGAUGGAAGCAUUGUUUGUCGUUGUGGUUUUGGCAAUCUAGAACUCAAAUGUUUGUUCCCAGAGAAUUGGGUAUCAGAUUUGUUAAAGAAAGCUGAGGAUGUUGCACGUGGUUAUGAACUUGACAUGCUUAAAAUGCCUCUUGUGCGCUGUGCAUGUUUUAAUUCCAUAGGGAAUGUUGACGUAGGAAAUAGUCAUUUAUUAAAAGCAGCAUCUCGAGAGGAUUCUGAUGACAAUUUUCUGUAUUAUCCAAGGGCCAGAGAUAUCAAAGAUGUGGAUUUGGAGCAUUUUCAAUACCAUUGGAUGAGAGCUGAGCCUGUGAUUGUUAGCAAUGUUCUUGAAACUGCAACUGGCUUGAGUUGGGAGCCAAUGGUCAUGUGGCGUGCCUUCCGCCAGAUAAAAAAUGAAAAACAUGACACGCUUUUGGAUGUGAAGGCCAUUGAGUGCUUGGACUGGUGUGAGGUAGAUAUUAAUGUCCGCCAAUUCUUUACAGGAUAUGUGGAAGGGCGGUUUGACCAAGAAGGUUGGCCUCAGAUACUGAAAUUGAAAGACUGGCCUCCCUCUACUAUGUUUGAUGAACGUUUGCGACGACAUGGUGCUGAAUUCACCUGUUGUUUGCCCUUUAAGGAGUAUACACAUCCUGAAAAUGGACCUUUGAACCUUGCUGUUAGAUUGCCUAAGAAGUCGUUGAAGCCAGAUAUGGGGCCAAAGACAUAUAUUGCAUAUGGAUACAUUGAAGAGCUUGGACGUGGAGAUUCUGUUACCAAACUUCAUUGUGACAUGUCUGAUGCGGUGAAUGUCUUGACACAUACAGCUGAAGUAAGCAUUGAACCUACGAUACUUGCAAAAAUUGAAGAACUUAAAGAAAGGCACAGAAAGCAAGAUCUAAGAGAACUCUAUGAUAACAAGCAGGUCACGGAGGAAGAUGUUAGCGGUCAAAUGCAAAGCGGUUUUUGUUGCAAUUUGCUUAGAACUGACAAGGAUUUUGGGGAGGUUGACAAUCAAAUCAAGGAUUGUCAGUUUGAUGAUAGUUCUUUUCCAAUGAAAUCAGAGAUGAAGAGUGGCAAGCAAGCAGAACAGUUUAGAGAGAAAUCAGAGCUGAAAAGCAGAGAAGCUGAUGAUCAAAGUCAAUGCUGUACUAGUUGUGGACCAUCAAAUUGUGGAUAUGAGAUGGAGAAACCAGACGAGGGAGGUGCUGUUUGGGACAUUUUUCGGAGACAAGAUGUUCCUAAGUUGCAGGAAUAUCUUAAGGAGCACUUUAAAGAGUUUAGGCACAUUCACUGUUGCCCAUUGCAGAAGGUUGUUCAUCCAAUACAUGAUCAGACCUUUUAUUUGACUCUAGAGCAUAAGAGGAAGCUGAAAGAGGAAUUUGGCAUUGAGCCAUGGACAUUUGUCCAGAAACUUGGAGAUGCGGUAUUUAUUCCUGCAGGCUGUCCUCAUCAAGUGAGAAACUUGAAGUCAUGCAUAAAGGUAGCCUUGGACUUUGUUUCACCGGAAAAUGUCGGAGAGUGCAUUCGUUUGACAGAGGAAUUCCGUUUACUUCCACCAAAUCAUCGGGCUAAAGAAGAUAAGUUGGAGGUCAAGAAAAUGUAUCUUCAUGCUAUGAAAUGGGCCGUGGAAGUUUUGAUGUCUGGUGCACAGCCUGAGGAAAGUCCGUCUGAAAUACCUAAGAAAAGGAAGAAAAGGAAAUCUUCAGGGUGAUAACUUGCUGAUCUUCUAUUCCCUUGUGGCAUUGUUGUCUAGCCUUGCCACAGGUGGAUAUUUGUUCAUUAUGCUGCUAUUUUUAUCUGCUGAUUUGUUAUACUAGUCAUCCUAGACCUGCACAUUCCUCCAGCGAAUUCUCCUCUAUGCUCACCGCAUCAUCUGAAAUUAUUCCACACGCUCCUAGUAGAAUGUGCAGAUUAUCUUUCCUUUGGCAGGAAUAUUUUGCUAAUCCCCGUCUUUUUGUUGUAUGUAUUAUCAUUCUUGAGAAUCUCUUUUCCAGAUGGGAUCGAGUGAGCUAAGAAAGCUAUACCGAAGAAUGUGACGGCCGGACAGAACAGAAAAAGUUGUUAUACUGCAGAUAAAAGCAGUGUAAUUAUGUGUAGUUUGUAAUCUCUACUCUACUGCAGUUGAAUAGCUACUAUUAUAAGCGAAACCUGGAUUCCUUGGGGUUCGCUUUUAUUUUGUUCUUUUGUCAUCCCAAUCUAAUAUUUAGGCCUGUUACAUGAACGUUGGAUUGAA